GAUGGGCGGGGCUGUCCUCCUCCUGCGGCUUCGCGCCUCUUUCGCUCCUCCGGCCACUGUGGUGCGAGCGAGCGAACGCCCGUCGCCAUGGCGACAUAGGCGGGGGCGGGGAGCGGCGCGAGGCUGGUCGGAGGAGGCGGCGGCGGGAAGGGACCCAGAGCCGCCGCCUAAUUCUCCUCAGGCGGCGGCGCUUCGGCCCUUCAGGUUUCCCGCCCGGGUAGGAGGAGGAGAAGCGAAAGGGCCAACGACCUCCCGCUCCUGAGGCGGAAUGGGCAGCGCCUCCGCCUCAGAGGGAAAGCUCUUCUGAAGAGGCGGCAGAAAUGCGCCUUAGGCCCGGCUGCUUCUCCUGGUUGAGUCUGAGGCCUCUGCGCACCCGGCUCUUCCGUCGCUUUCCUUCCCGUCCCCGGCCUCGGCCAUGCAGAGCUCCGGUUUCCCUUCGCUGGGCCGCGCCCAGCAGCUCCACCAGCAGCACAACCUCCACCUGCCUCCCUGGUCGCGCUUCGGCGGGCAGCAGCCUCCGCCUUCGCAGCAGGAAAGGGCCGCGUCCCCGGCUCAGCCGCCGCCUUCGCACCCCGCUUCUCAACCUCACCCUCCUCGGCCCCCUCGGACUCCCAGCGCCGACGGGUGGAGGAGGGCGGCCACCGACCUGGAGCGCAGCCUCAAGUUCCUGCAGGCGCAGCACGCCGAGACCCUCCAGAAGCUCCACGAGGAGAUCGAUGUCCUCAAGAGGCAGAACAAGGGUGGGCAGCCGGAAGGAUACCCCACUUCUACCCCCCAUUUAGGAGCCAACUCCUAGGGGACGAGGGAGAUCCGGCUCCCCCGAUAAAAUAUACGAGGGGGUUCGGCAGCCCCAAAGUGAAUGGGCAUUGCCAUUCAAAUAGCACCGCGUCAUGUGGUCAGUUAUAUGGGGCGGGCCUUGCUUACCUCCCCCCCCCAAUAUUUCAUUCAAGUUGGCACCCCUCCCUGAAAAAGAGGUGGUUGCAGCAGCAGCAGCACUCCCCCUCAAGUCUCUCCCUCUCCAUCCCCAAGUAAAAGAAUAGGGAGAUCCCUGGGCGUGAACAAGGUUACCAGUUAAAGGAGAGAUGGGCUGGCCACAAUAACACGGCCUUUUCUUUUUCUUGCAGAUCUUCAUUAUAAGCUCAUCAUGCACCCGAUACUUCAGAGGAAAGGUACAGCCUUGCACUGCCCAUGUUUCAGAGUUAUAAAGUGAAACUAGUCACUUGCCCACUCAAGGCUCAGGAAUGGAUAUGAUGGUUUCUGACACUGCUUCACCUAAACCAAGGUUGGGGAACCUUUUGGGCUCCAUGGGCCAGAUCCUGAUCAGGUUCAGCCUGCCCUGAAUUUGACAGCUGUGUUUGGGAGGUGUCAUUAAUAUCACCAUGACUGACAGGUGGAUGCCCCACCCACCUGUCAAAAUCCUUGGUACUUAGAAAUCACAAGGCAAAAGACCUUGACAGCCCCAUGUUUGGAAACUCUUAGCAGAGUUGGUAAUGAGGGUUAUAGGCAAGUCCAGUAGAACUGGUGCUUGUAAUAUGUGAGCCCUGGUUGUUGCCCAAGAGAUUAGGCUUGGUGUUUCUUGAAGGGGAUGAGUGAGUAGGCACAUACACAGACUGACAUGGAGCGGGUGAAGAAGGUCCAACUGAGUGCCUCCCAGCUCUUGAUAGGCAAGGAGUUGAUGCCAAGCCUGGGAGCUCCAGGAUCAGGUUUCUCUUAGAAUAUUUCAGCUACUAGGAUGCCAAGACACAAAAGGGUCCCUUCUGAAACUGUCCUGUUUGGCCUUCCCUAUGGUUAUGCGCUCUUACGUGGGUACUGGUGCUAGCCCUUCAAGGGAGUAUGCACCUGUUUGCCAGAUUAUUCAACUAGUUCCUUUCCUUUUUGUAGAUCAUUCUUCCAGCAACUUGCCUAGUAAGUCACAGCCAGGAAGCAGUGCACCAGGGAAGACAAGUGCUGGCUUAAAGAUGGUGGCGCCAGCAGCAAAAGAAGAGCACAGAGAACAAGGUACACACACAGUCUAAGCUGAAAAGAUAGCGUUAAUGGUGGCCACAAUGCCUCUGAUGCCAUGGCUGUGUAGUGUUUUGAGUGUAUUAGCAAUGCAGCCUUUUCCUAAACAUCUUGUAGGUUCUGAGGAGCUGGAAAAGAAGCCAGUAAGUGGCGAGUUCAUGAUGGACGAGACGAGUGCAAAAGAAGAAAUUAUAGAAAAGGAAGUAGAUAGAGUAAUGUGGAAGGAAUUGGAGGACUUCAGGCCGGAGCAGGAGACGGUUCCAGAAGAGGCACCUCAUCCCAGGUUUGAGAAUACCCACUGAAGUAGCAGUAACUUCUAAAUCAAAGCAGCAAGUUUCACAUUGUUGUUAUUGUUACUGAUGAUUAAAAGUUCUGCUUACUAUUUAUCAAGGUGGUGUACACACAUCCCCUCUCCAUUCUAUCCUUACAACAGUCCUGUGAGUGAACCUGUGCUGUGAGGCUGUGACUGGCUCAAGGUAACCUGGGAGGCUUCAUAGCUGAAUGGGGAUUUGAACCUUGGUCUCCUAAGUCUUAGUCCAACACUCUAACCACUACACCACACUGUCAUGUGCAGAACUGUGCAGAAUUCUCAGUCUUACGCAGGCUUACUUGGGCCUUGCUAGACUUAAGUGUGGUUACUCUCAGAUAGAUACGUAGCUUCUUUUGUACAACAGACCGAUACAGCUACUGUUCAGCAAGUGAAAGCAAUUCCUUUCUGAUAUUAGUGACCAGCACACACUGUUAAAGCCCACCAGUGAUCUGACAGCUGGUAGACCCCCCCCGUCAUUUAGUCAGGAUUUUUUUUAAUGUAACAUAUAACUAUAUAAAGUGUAAUGUAACAUAUAAGCUAUAUAAAAAGGGAGAAAAUAUUUUUAAAGCCAAGAGAAAUGGGAAGGAAACUAAAACUGAUGAAAGAAUAGGGCAGUUGGUUAGUCCCUGUGUUGGGGCUACGUGAAAAGUGUGCCAGUCAGUCCCUUAGGCCAUAGGUUGCCCACCUGUACUUCACUGAAAUAACUGUUCGUUGGUCACACUUCAACCGUGUUGUUACAGAGACGCAGAUGUUUGUGACAGGAUGACGUCCCCCAUCCCUUUUUCAUCUGGUCAAAGCAGGGCAGGAGAUGUGAAAAUCCCUGCUGCUUCUUCCAACCCCUUCUUGGUGACAGUGCUCCCUUCCUACAUGCGGAAGCCACCAACGCUGGAGGAGUGCGAAGUGGUCAUUCGGCAGUUGUGGAACAUCAACCACAUGCAGAUGCAGGAGGUGAGGCUGCUUGCUCUCCUUGGUUCCACAAAGGCAGGAAGCUGACAUUGCAGGAGGAGCAGAAAAGUCACACACUCUCCUCCUUUCUUCUUCAGCUGAUGUAUUUGAGAUCGUGCUUGGAAGAUAUCCACAAGACCAAAAGAAUUCCUGAGGACUACAUGCUAGCUGGGCAUGUUGGGUAAGGUGGUUUUUAAUGGAAAGGUGGUUUUUAAUGGAAAGAAGAAGGAUGGUACUUCUGAAUCUCUCAUUUGAGUUGCAGCAGGGUCUCCAAAGUACCACAGUUGAUUGAUUAGGUGGUCGCUGGAACUAAUGAGUGGUUCAGCCAUGGCUUUUAGCUAAUUUCUUCUCAAGGAUAUUUGUGAGCACAUGUGAGAUAGGAGCUCAAAUUUUUUGCCAGGGAACCUUCUUUGAUCUCUGCAGUUCUUUAGAGAUCCCAUGCAUUCCUGUACCAUCCUAUCUCCUUGAGGAGAAAAUAGCAGCUGAAAGCAAUUGUCCAAAUUACCUCUCCAUAAAAUGCAUUGAGACUAUUACUUUGUCUGCCUCUCUCUGCAGACUCCUCCUAAGGCUGGCUAUUGAUUCCCACCUCUCAAUACAGUUAGCCUGCUUGUUAACUCCAUGUAGGAUUAAAUCUCACUCCUCUCAGCAAUUUAACCUCACUGGAAUUUUUCUUUGUAGCUGGGCUUAAAUUUAAUUAAGCAGGAAGUGGUUAUGCUUGGAGUAGCCUACCUUUGUGGAGAAAGCAUGGAAAUGCUUACUGCAUGCUUACUAAACUGCUGGAUCUCACCUACUAGGAACUUUGAUGGCAGCUGCAAUCUUGAGAGCAGGUGUGUUGGGGCAUUUCCAUGUGAGCUGAGAAAGCAGGCUGUAGUGGUAUUUUGCUACUUAAGAUGCUCCUGUGAGUCUCAAAAGUGUUAUUUCUAUGCCCUAAUGGAAGGACAUAACACAUGAUGAAAGGGCAAGAGGCGAGAAUUCUUUUCUGAGUGCCCAAUUGUUGGUGCCAGAAUAAAUACUCUGUGGCCUAGUAUGAAGUUACACUUACCUAUAAAUAUACAUGCUAAUUAAUGUUUUCUUCAGGAACCAAGAGGUCACACGGUUGCCCAAGGUGAAGAAUGGUCCUAAGAAAUGGUAAGCAGGCAUCUUAUCUUAACACAGGUCAGAGAUGGCUUAAGGGGAGCACGACUGGUUAGGUCACACUGGGUGCUUAGACUUUGGGGCACUGCAAGGGCCCCACAAUUAUGAUUUAGAAUGCAGCAUGAGAAGUAGGGGGGACAACUAAAUCUGGGUGUCACAGAAAUUUAAGAUCCUGAGGCCCACCACUGCACAGGCCACUUCCAACUUUUUAUUAAAGUUUUGCGAUUAAAAGUCUCCCAGCAGGCUUCCCAAAUUAGAAAAAGUAUUUUGUGGUGAGGAUCUAAUUGAAAUGUAAACAUUUUUCACUAGACUCCCCCACCUUCCCAAACUGUCUUUUUUUAAAAAAUGCCAUUACAUACUGCUCCUUUGGGUCCCCACAGUGGUGUCCUGACACCAAAAAGUUUUGUGGCCUUUUUAAAGCACUUCCAAAAUUUGUCUGUUUUUUAAAAAAAAAGUUUACUGACUGCUCUUUUGGUGAUGCCAAAAGGUUUAUGACCCUCCCUCCCACCAAGACAUUGAAAAUUUUGUGUGUUUUUUAAAAAAAACAAAAAAUAGAAUUUAAUUUUUACGACUUUAAUCUUGAAUGAUAAAAAUGAUAUAAAGGUGUUGAAUCAGUUGAUGGGAAAAGCCUUUUUGGAAGAAGUGCAGUUCUUGCCUCAGCCUCCCAGAGGGCGUUGACUCUGGGUCAGUGCUGCCCUCGGCUCACCUCUCUGCUCUUAAGGUGAAAGGGGUGUUGAAGUGCAAGCAAAUUCUACUGUAACUCCUGCUAACACUUGUCACUUGGGCAGGUGGAGAAAUGUUCCCAUUUGCUCCAGAGGACUAGUUUAGUGCAUACGAAACAUCAACAUCAGACAGUUUUUGGCUUUGAACGUGAAUUAUCAGAGCAAGCUCUUGGCUAGAAGCCAAGACUCCAGAAAAAAAAAUUCUUUGGAUGUGGAGGUAGACACUAAACUUGGACACUGCCUUCCUCAAACACCCUGUUAGUAGGAUGAGAGAGCAGCUUAUUUAAAUGCAGACUUCAAUAUGACAGGCCCACUUUGUUCUCCAGUAGGAUUCUCACACCACUGCCUGCUGCUGAAAGGGCUGUGCUGCCAGCACUGAAGCAAACACUAGGAAAUGCUUUUGCAGAGAGACAGAAGAGAACACAGGCUGUUCAGAGGAACAGGCUCCACCGGACAGCACUUUAGCAAGUAUGGUUCAAUUGGCCUCUUUUUGUAAUGUGUUUCCUUGCCCUAAAGUGGUUUGAAAGCCAGCUAAACCAUUUCCGAGUGUGUGCUGUACUUUCAACAAAUUGUUUCUGGUGUUCACCACUCAAUUUUUAAAACUUCAUAAUUAAUCCUUUUUUGUCCACAUAGCUACAGAAGAUCACAGUGACCUUACUUCUCCCUAGAAACUGUUCUACCUUCAGUAGUAAUUAAGUUUACUUUUUUUAACUACAGAAUUGGGGGCUUUUAGAUGCAAAAUACACAGAAGCCUCCUUAGACAACCCCAGGUCAAGGGGGUAUCAAAGUGACCUUGCCUUUUAGCAAACAAGUUUCUGUGCCCUCGUGCUCAGGCUGCGGUGGAGCCAAAGGAGUUUGGGGGGUUGCAAGAGAAAAUAAGUGAGUGUUAAAACACUGGAACAAUACAUUUAUUACAAUAAAACAAAUGCCUUAGUUCAUGUAUGAAAUAAUUGAUACUUUGUACUGCAAUCAAUCAGAGCUUCUUAAGUACAUUUUUAAAAAUGUCCUCAAAUUGACACAGCAAUCACACAUUUACAGAUAGCACAGCAAUUGGAUGCCGUGUUGGAAGAGUGCAAGCCAGUAUUCAGCGACUCUGCUGCAAAGGUGAUAGCAGAAGUAUGUAAAAACAGCAAUACUUCCACAAAGAUCAAGAGAGUUGUGCAUGGGAGGUAGGAGAAAGCAAAACCAGGGCUGAGUGAAGCAGCCCCAGUCUCACCCUGUGCCCAGGCAGGCUCCUCCCGUGAGGCACAAGUUGAUGAAUGACAUUUGACGCAUGGCUUGCCAGAGCCACAUCAGUCUAAUAGCUGGCUGCCUCAUAGUUGGGAAGACACAAACCGCUCACCUGCUUCAGCCAGUCACUGCACACAGCUAUCAAAGAACAGCUUGUGUGGUGGGUGUGCAGGCAGCCUCUUCUUGGGCUGGUAUCCAACCAAGCAUACAUAUAUACAUACAUACUGGGCACUGGACGAGGUCUGAAGGACGCUGUCCCUUUUCUUAUAGUAGGGAGACUCCGUGACAGAAGUCUACACACACUCUUCUCUAAGAAGACAUUAAAAAAAAGUCAUUAACACGUCUGCCGUAAGAACCGUGAAAAUCCACCCCCUGCAUCAAGUUAUGGGCAGGUUUACAAAGGCAGAAGAAGCACAAGCACUAAACCUAAUCCCAGGCUCUUUACAAAGCCGGGCUCCUAGUAAACAAAAACAAUUUAAGGCUUCUGCUUCACACGUUCCUGCCCUGCUUGGCUGUGAUUUUUUCCAGCUCAGGCCCAGCAAGAGGAGAUGACGAGACAUUAAGCAGCAGACAAGCAGGCCUGGCGGAUGCUCUGCGCCCAGGUGUUAAGGAGUGCUGUGACAGAGUGCUUGUCAGGAAGCUGCAGCAAUUUUGACAUCAUGUAGCGAUACACUGACUGCAAGAAAGGGUUUGCUUCUGGAAAGAAAAAAGCAGAAAGAGUCUGUUAUUUAAAAAAUAAUAAUAAUAAAGGACACCAUCCAGAUGGC